AUGCAGACCCCUAAUGAAUACUCUGCCCCUGGCCCCAGUGAUAAAGGGGAUGCCAAAGCCUACCACCGACCCACGGUGUCUGAACCCCUAACCCUGCAAGGGGACGUAGUGACCCCUCUGGAGCACCUGGACUCAGAAGAAUUCCACUCGCUCCUAGACGCCACCAUGUCAAAGUCAGUCACCCAAGCUAUUUAUACCGCAAUGGGGGUUAUGUCUGACAACAUAUCACACUCCAUUUCGAAUGCCAUUAUGGCAUCCAACCCCAAGAUAACCCACGCUAGGGCCGCAGAAGAGUGUCCUUUACGCAGAGAGGGACGUAAAGCCAUAAGCAAAACCCACAAUGUGGGAAAGCAUGCCUCCAAAAUUGAAUUGAGGGACAGGGUACGUCCUGUCACACCUGAGGUCGUGGGGCCCCCACGAAAACGAGCCACCUGCCGGGCAAAAGCGGCGCGAACAUGGAAGAGGGCAAAAGCCCUAACAGACUCUUCCGACCGGUUCGGAUGCUGA